AAUUUAAUUCACAUAACCUACACAAUUUUUUGAAUCAUGUAUCUGUAGCCACGCCGGCAACACUUGCGCACGAGCACAGCAGCAAACGGCGACCCCAGCGUACCAUCACUUCCCUUCUGUUUUCUCCUCACCGGAAUCUUAGAGUAGCGACGAACGACGUCCACACCAUACUCCAGCGCCCACAGCAACGUUCCCUAGUCGAACCACACUUUGAACUACUCAGCAGUGUUUUGUCUUGUUUCAUGAAAUUUGCUAAGUACACACUCACCGUCGACUUUGUAAAUCGUUCGUAAGCGGUCUGAAGAGUUUUUUAAAUUGGGGAAGACGCAAUUCAAGAUAAUUAAUUUAAAAAAAUCCCUAUGUUAUGGCCGUGAUUAUGAAUAUCAAUUGAUAGGGAUGGGUCAUGCCAUUCACAAUGCAGUUGCAAGUAAAUCUAGCAGUGAUUUAGUGGAUGUUGUUAAUGGUGGAGGUAGAGUCGAAAGAGAAGAAUUCAAAGAUGAAGAGUAAAAAGAGGAAGCUAAAGAGUCCUAUAAAAACUGUUAGGCCUUCCAAGUCUGCUCGAGUUUUCAUCUCAGCGGAAGUGGAAGAUGUAGAUGAAACAGAACGGGUUGAGAAGUUGGCGCAAAGAGAAGUGUCUCAAGAGUCUGAAGAAGGUGGUCCAUGGAGGAACUUGGAAUUGAUUUUGUUUGUUCAGAACAAAGAGCUCGACCAACAAAAGAAGGUCGAAGCCGUUUUUGGCUUUGUAAACUCGAAGUUGAAAGAGAAAGAUAAAUGUUAUGAUACGGUAAAAAUAUCGCGCUUGAUAGUUUUUCUUAGUGAUUGGGUGCAGUCAUUGUUGAUUUCAUCUCAAAAGAAAACCAAGAAUGAUGGUGGAAAACAUAUUAACGUAGUUGUUGAGCCAUGCUUAGAUUAUAGAUGCUGGGAGGUUUUUAAAUUUUGUUUGGAAGAAUCAGUGAAAACACGCAUCACUUUGAACCUCUCAAAAAAUCUUUUGCAUGCCUUUUGUUUUGUUACAAGGCAUGCGAUAUCCCUACUAGCUGCUUCGUUGAGUUCAAAAGAAGAGUUAUUUGGUGGGGAUUGUUUCAAGUUGUACAAUAUCGUGCUUGAUUGUGUUUCUUUAGUAUUUUCGCCCCACCUUGGUCUAUCCAACGAGAAUUUAGAUGCUUGGAUUUCUACAAUUGAUGCAGCGCUCGAGUUUCUUCACAUAAUUUAUGUAAAUAACUUGGAAGGUGGAGAUGUAGGCACUUUUGCUAUUAAAUUUUCGUGUAUGAUGCUUGAACCUUUUGCUAAAUUUUUGUGGAUUCACCCUACCAAGAAAACUGGAUUUCACAAUUUUGUCAAUAAGCUUUUGGAACGUUUACUGCAAUUAUUGUGUGAUAUAAGCCUUAAAGCUGAUGGAUGUAAGCAUUAUUGGACAAGAACUUUGAUGAAGUUACUUGAAGAAGUUCUAUCUCAUGCUUUGUUUCAUACUGUGCAUAUCGAAGGAUUUUUGUGCUUACAUGGUCCAGAAAAGGUUAUGAAAUCCCAUGAUGAGAAAUUGGAAGAGUCUAAAGCACAUAUUAUGAGCUACCAUAGACAUUUAUUUGAUAAAGUGCAAAAACUAGUUGCAGGAAAGAAGUUUUUGGCGUUGGGUGCAGUAGGAGAAUUGUUUCAUGUGCUUGUUGUCAGAGUUAAAAAGGUGAAAGAGGCUUCAAUGUCAUUUGAGGACACCAAACUGAAUAACACAAUGGGUCUUUUGGGACCUUUGAGGGAUGAUAUAUCAAGUCAUGCAUCUUUUGCGCUUCUAGGAAGUCCCGAUGGACUAUCAGAGAAAAGCAAUAACGAGAGCAAUUUGAGUACAGAAAUAAGGAGGUCUCUUUUUGAGUUUUUUGUACAGAUUUUGCAUCCUUUACUUCAAACAAUUGAACUCAUUAGCGCUGAGAUUAAACUGGGAUCAACCUUGUCAGAUGUUCAUUCCUUACUCAAAUCAAUAAAUAAUGUACUCGCAAGUUUUAUGAAGGAAAAUGUGUACUUGAGAACUGAGGAUAACUCUGAAGGGGCUUGCCAUAAUUUCUUAAAAAAGGUGUAUGAUACAAUAAUGUUGGUUUCCUCUCAUUUACUAUUAUUAUCGAGGCUUGAGAUAGAAAGCAAUAUAGACCUGGAAGUGUUUGUUUUAGCAGCAAAUGAGAUACUGGUGACUCUUGGCUAUCUUCUGGAAAUUGAAUAUGAUGUGAUUGAGAAUGAUUUGGUGAGCUUAUGGAUGCUAAUCCUUUCUUACUCUGCUUUUAAUCUUUCUUUCACAAGCGUAUCUAAACAACACUUGUUAACUUCCAAGAUUCAAGAGCUUGGAUGUCAACUGGUCGUGUUAUAUAGUCAGCUGCGGCAGGUCAACAUCAGUAUUUUUGCUCUAUGUAAAGCUAUGAGGGCAGUGGUAUCAAAUGAAGGUGAAACUGAAAAAGAAUAUGCCAGCUUUAUGACUUCUUUAGGUCAUGAAGCCUAUGGUAAAUCAGUUGGGAUGUUACUUUCUUCCCAAGAUAUAAAAUUUGCAAUCCAUAAAGCUAUUAAAUAUAUACCCGAAGGGCAAGCUAGUGGAAUUAUUCAGCAGUUAACUGAGGAUGUGACAGAGACUUUAGGAUGGUUGAAACUGUGUAAUCUGAACUUGAUUAUAAGAAACAAGACAGGGGGCUCAGAUAUGCAACCUGUGCUUCUUGGGAGAGGGUUCUCUGAAGUAUAUGCUCUGAUAUUGGAUUCACUGAUGAUCACAUCUGGCAAUGCUUUCCAAGUUGGAACUUUAAUUGCGAACUUGGUUUCAGCAAUACGUCCUUGCAUGAGUAGUUUAGUUGGACUACAGUCAGAUGGUGCCAAAGCAUUCUUCCUUGCUGUCAUGGGAAAAACAUGGGAUGAUUUGGUUGCUAAUGAAGAAAAUUGUCUUGGAUUUGGAGUGGCCAGUCAUUGGGUCUUUAUUUUCUUCUUUCGCUUGUACAUGUCCUGCCGGAGCCUGUACAGGCAAGCAAUUAGCCUGAUGCCCCCAAGUUCGUCUAGAAAGAUGUCAACAGCAACUGGAGACUCAUUCAUGGCCUAUUCUGCUUGUGAUUGGAUGCAGAGGACUGAUUGGAGUGAUGAAGGAUAUUUUUCGUGGAUAAUUCAACCUUCAGCUUCUGUUCUUUUUGUUGUGGAAUCUGUUUGUAGUCUUUAUCAUCAAAGCACCAACGUAGGUUGGUACCCUUUGAUUUAUGUAUUGCUUACCAUGGCUAUUCAGAGGUUAGUGGAUUUGAAUAAGCAAAUAGGCUCUCUCGAGUAUUUGCACCAGAGAAAUGAAAAUUUGAUGCAGGUUGAGGUGCUUAGUGAUGAUGAUUUGUCAGUGUUACAGAAAAAGAGAAAAAAGUUUGGAAGGCUUGUCUCUGUUUUGCGAAAAGAAGCAGAAGAUCUUACUGAUUUUGUGAUGAGCCAUUUAUCUUUAGUAGCUAAACGUCAUAAAAGAAAUGCAACUUCAAAUGAUAAAUCUACUGAAAUACUUAGUGAGAUCGAUGAAUGGGACUUUAAUAUUUCUAAUGUGAAUAAAAGGUCAUUCCCCACAGCAGUUUGGUGGAUUGUUUGCCAGAAUAUUGAUAUUUGGGUGACUCAUGCUGCUAAAAAGAAGUUAAAAAUGUUUAUUUCUUUUUUAAUUCCUACGUCUCUUUGCUUCUUUGCAAGCAAUCAUACUAAGAUUGGAACACAACAAACCUGUGGAUAUCGGCAGCCAAAGAAAGUGUCUCUGCAACAAAUUUCAUCAGCUGUUCUAAGUGAUCCUAUCUUUUAUGAACACAGAUUUGUAUGCAGGUUUAUGCCAUCAAGGUUUUGUCGUGAGUUAAAGGCUUCGUUAUUAUCAUAUUUUCAUGUUAUUUAUAGAAGUCCAGCUGAUUGGAUGGAGGUGAUAGCCACACUUGAGUGCUUAACUAUAGGCAUUUGCAGUGGCCAACGUACUCCUGAUGAUAAUGCUCUCCUUGACAAUCGUUCAUCUGAUAUGUUGCAUACAGAAGAUUGCAAGUUGAAGGGUGAGUCACGUCAAAGCAAUAGGGGAAUCAGAGAUUGUAAAUAUUUGAUUAACCUUUUAUGUUUGAUGCCAAUGGGAAAUAUGAGUUCAAGGUCCUUUUCCCUUUAUACGACAUAUGUUCUCGAACUUGAAAGGAUAUUGGUGAAUGCUUUAUUAGAUAAUCAGACAGCUCUAUGUUCAAAUCAAUUUGAACUCCUCAAAUUGUUUGCAUCUUGUCGGAAGGCUUUGAAAUAUAUAUUUACGGCUUACUAUGAGGCUGAUAAUAGACAAAGCUCAUCUACUCCAAUUCCAUCUGAAAAUCGAUUUCCUGUUUUAUGGCUUUUUAAGUCUUUAUCACUUAUUAAUCAAAUUCAAGAAGCUUCUCGGGGAGGUACAGACAGACAAAUUAAGGACAUCAUCUUUUCAUUGAUGGAUCAUACAUCAUACUUGUUUUUAACAACUAGCAAAUAUCAAUUUAAGGAGGCGCUCUGCAUAAGUGUAAAUGACAACAAACCCUGCAAGGAGCAACACCAGGAUGUUUGCCAAGAACUAAAUGAUGGAGACGAUCUAUGUUUAGAUUCCAUCCACAGUGUAGAAGUAUGCAAUAGUGCAAUUCAAAUGAUUAACAGUCUGGAGGAACAGGUGGAGAGUGAACUUCUCUCUCUGAAGAAGUCUAAUUUUGCAGUUGGAGAUGCUAAAAACAGUACGGAUAUGUGUAAAUUUAAUUCUCUAGCUUCUUGCCUCAAUGGAUUUUUGUGGGGCCUAGCAUCUGCUAUUGACCACACUGAUUUCAGGAAUGGUAACCGUCAUGUGAAAUCAAUCAAGUUGAAAUGUGAAUAUAGUUCUCGACUGAAUCAUUGCAUGAAUGCAAUUUCAGAAUUUUUAGGCCUCAUCUUGGACAUGUUUCUUGAUAGAGACAGUCAAUGGCCGACAAAAUUGUGUGAUUAUCAAGCAUCUCAAGACCUGUUGAUUGUGAAUGAGCUCUCUGGUAAGCACAACUCUGAGGCCGAUACAUCAUUUAGUGAACUUCACGAAUUAGAAUCUUUUUAUCGUGAUGAUAAAAGUGAAAAUGCUAGCACAAAAAGGAGAAGGUUGAAAGUGGAGAAUAAAAGCAGUUUUGCAUCUGUUCUCAACGAGGCUAAGUCAAUUGAGAUGCAAUCCUUGAACCAACCCUUUUUUCGAGGUCUGCUGAAAGGUUCCUACCCUGAAGCAGAAUUUGCACUUAAGCAGCUAUUUCUUGCUGCUUCAAGAAUUUUGAGAUUGCAUAAGCAAUAUGAUACCACUCCUUUGUCAUCAAGGUCUAUGACCAUCCUAAUUAGCAUUUCAAGAUUCUUGUUGCUAGAAUUUGUGGAUAUGGUUGAAGUGCCACAACCAUUUGUGCUUUCAUGCUUAGAUGGUGUUCUAAAGUAUUUGGAGGAAUUAGGCCAUCUUUUUCCUUUUGCUGAUCCUGUGCAGUCCCGGAAUAUAUAUUCUAAACUUAUAAAUCUACAUUUGAAAGCUGUAGGAAAGUGCAUUUGUCUACAGGGAAAAGGAGCUACUUUAGCAUCACAUGAGACGGAGUCCACUACAAAGACUCUUGAUGGGGGAUUAUUCAAAGAAUCGUCUUUUCCUGGAGUUUACUGCAUGGAUGAAUUUAAAUCUUCAUUGAGAAUGUCAUUCAAAGUGUUCAUAAGGGAAGCCUCGGAAUUGCAUCUCCUAUCUGCAGUUCAGGCUAUUGAGAGAGCCCUAGUUGGAGUGCAGGAAGGUUGUACAACGAUAUAUGAAUUAUAUUCCGGAAGUGAAGAUGGAGGAAGGUGUUCCUCAGUUGUUGCAGCUGGUGUUGAGUGCUUGGAUUUGGUGCUUGAAUUUGUUUCAGGACGUAAAUGCAUGGGUGUGAUUAAAAGACACAUUGAGAGCUUAACUGCUGCUCUGUUUAGCAUAGUUCUACACUUGCAAAGUCCACAAAUUUUCUAUGUAAGAAUGAUUGCCACGAAAAAUAGGAGUGAUCCAGAUCCGGGAUCAGUCAUUCUUAUGUCUAUUGAAGUACUUACAAGAGUUUCCGGGAAGCAUGCUCUUUUCCAAAUGAAUGUUUGGCAUGUAGCACAGUGUUUACGCAUUCCUGCAGCACUUUUCAAAACUCUCUCUCUUAAGCUCCCAGGAAUUCCAAUUGAAUCAGAAUGUUCGUUGAUCUCGGCUCAGGAAGCCUCCAAUGUAGUUGUACCCACGAGUAAUUCUAUUAUAGACAAACAAUUCUCAAUAGACCUUUUUGCUGGCUGCUGCCGCUUAUUAUACACUAUUCUCAAGCAUCGUAAAAGUGAGUGCAAGCGUUCCAUUGCUCAACUACAGGCAUCAGUAUCUGUUCUUCUUCAUUCCCUUGAAAGAGUAGGUCCAGACCCGAAAUUUAUGGGUGGUUACUUUUCAUGGAAAGUAGAAGAGGGAGUAAAGUGUGCAUCUUUUCUCCGAAGGAUUUAUGAAGAGAUAAGACAACAGCGGGAUAUUGUAGGGCGACACUGCUCCCUGUUUCUUUCAAAUUACGUUUGGGUUUACUCGGGACACGGUCCCUUAAAAUCAGGAAUUAGAAGGGAAAUCAAUGAAGCGUUAAGGCCUGGUGUCUAUGCUUUAAUAGAUGCUUGUUCAGCAGAGGAUCUUCAAUACCUUCACACUGUAUUUGGCGAAGGUCCAUGUAGAAACACCUUGGCAACUUUGCAGCAGGAUUACAAACAAUUUUUCCAAUAUGAAGGAAAAGUAUGAUUCUAAUAUGAUACAAACCAUUUCUUUCUAUGUUCAUAUAUGAUUCUAAUAUGAUACAAAAACCAUUUCUUUCUAUGUUCAUGAGAUAUGAGAGAUCAUAUCCAUAUCAUGCAUAAAAGAAAAUUUCUCAAACGAGCGGCUGCUUGAUUGGAAAAUACCGCCGAACACAGAAUUCUGAGGUAAAGUUGAUGCCUUCUUAACCAUUGUUGAUUUUUUUUCUCUGUGUAAAUAAAUUUAAGAAGUUCUCAUUAAUCUAUUUCAUACUAUACUAUUCGUUUUUACUUA